GUAAUUUGUAUCAUUCGCUACUAUGGGAGGCAGUGGUGAUCAUGGUCAUGAUGGCCAUGAUGAUAUUACUAGGGAAGAGCUCUUCAAAGAGUUCAAACCAAGCAUUAAAUACCGAUUUACUAGUAUCGUUGCGUCAAUAAUUGACAAACCUGUCUCUCUUUUUCACGAAAAAGUUGUUAACAGAGUUCGCACUCCAUACCCAUAUUAUCAUAAGCGGUAUGACCGUGUUCCAACGAUUGACCAGUGUUUAACUAAUGACUUGGCUUGCAUCGAGGAGGCUAAUCAGCAAUUUCAUAGAGACCGGUUGGUGGAUCUCAAUGUAGUUCGUAUUCUGCGAAAACGCAAAAAUGAAUGUAUGCGUUGGUACAAUUAUGAAAAAGAAGAUGUUUAUCAGUUCUGUGGUCCUAUGUUCACUGAAUAUGAAGAUGCAGCCGUCAACUACUACAUUAAAUAUGGAGAAUUACACUGGUCAGCAAGUGUUGUUGAUGCUUUUAUGAAACAGAAACAUCGUUUACUAUGGGAAAAACGUUACGGCCCAGUUGGUAAAACCUCUGAUGAGAAAAAGAAACUAGCCGCAGCUGGUGAUAAAGCAACUAAAGAGGGAAAUUUCAUUUCAAAAAUACGAGAAAUUGGGCUUAGUAGAGAUAUACCGAAAGAAAUUCAUCUGUAGUUUACUGGUAGCUCCAAGUGUUUAUUAUUACCGAACUUCAAAGAUGGACAUGAUACAAUUCUCGUAUGAUUAUAGCCUACUGGAAUACUUCUUCCUGCUUAUUAUCGUGCUUGCCGAAUAGGUUGUUUUUCCUUUUUAAAAGGAUAGUCUUCAGAUUCUUCAUUGAACCUGCUGACUUUCUAACAAUGUUGUUUAAUAUUACAUAUGCAUAGUCUUCUUCAUUACGUAAUCUAACUGCACACCUAAUCAAUCGUGUAUCUUUUUUGUCCCUAACAAAGAACAUUCUUAGGUUUAAAAAUUUCAAUUUGUGACAAAUAAUAGUGACAGUAUAA